GUCAGCCUUACAGCUUCAGUUCGCAGAGCUUCAUUGCUUAACAACAACAACAUGUUGCCAACAAUAGUUCGCCGAACAGCACAAGCUACGGUGCGGAAAACGGCCCCCUAUAUCUACACGAAUCCUCACAAGGCGAAACAUACAUGGCCUCCCGACUUUUCCAACAUCCACCCUAAACACCAGUUCAGACUUGAGCGCAAGUUCAAGAGAAGAACGAAGCUAAAGUGGGCACGGCCGAGGUGGACGAAGGCUGUCAAGUUGGUACAAUUUGGAUCAAUUGUUUGUGAGUUUGUCUAGGAGAAAGAAUUUGUGUGAAGUGGCGCAUGUUGACCGAUUCAAUAAUGCAGUUGUCACGAUAUACGGAGUACUUUUCUUAGAUUGGAAUGAUGCGACCAGUGUCAAUCCAUCGAAGCCACCGUUCUAUGGGGUAUGAUAUCAAUGACCUAGUCUCCUCUUUCCUAGUCGUAUGCUGAUACACUAAAGGUGCGAAAAUGGUUCUUUGGAAUGGUUGACUCUAUAUGGUCGCGGGAUGAUGUACGUCGACGACCCGGAGAAGGAUUAGAUGACUCUUCUCCCGUUGCUAAACCGGAGAACUGACUCUGUAUUCCAUUACCUUCGUCUCAUGGGAGAUUGUACUCUAUAGUUGUACGACUUAUGGGUUGAUAUGGGAGUUCUAUUUCCUUCGCGUGGGCUGCAGGCGUGUUGCAUUUGCAUUGCGUUUAAUGGAGUCUUGGUUCAUAUCUCAUUCCCUUUUGGAUCGAAGAUAACCAGAAUUGGUUCCUCGAUUCGUGUUUAUUGAAUGAAAGCAGGCAUCUUGCAAGUUGUGAGUACUCCAGGACCCAAUCAUUGCAUCAUUCAACCAUUCCCCAUGGCCACGCUACUUUGGCGAUCUGAAAUCCUAUGCUGAACAAUUGAAGUGCCAAUUAUUUUUCGAUGGGAAGGUAGUCGAGGAAACAUGAUGAAAAUUCAGUUAGCUUUCAGAAGAGGCCCGAUGCGUAUGGUGAGUGUUGUUAUUGUGCAGGUUUCCAUGUUUUGAUGGCGAAUAUUGGGAAGUCUACAUGCGAGGUUUCCUCAACUCUACUUGGAGUGAGUUUAAUACUGGGUGACUCGACCCCGGUCUAUGAGAACGAGUCGGGAUUUGCGUACUAGGAUGUCGCGAUUUGAGAGUAGAGAUAUACAGCCAUGAAUUUUCUUCAACUUACCGAGGAUUGAGUCCAACUUUUAUCUGGAAUCCGUCAAUUCUCUGAAUGUGGACCCGCAGCCUUUCUAUUGGAAACAGCCGGCCAAGGUCAAUAGUUUAG